AUGCGGCAGCGGCGGCGCCGGCCUGCCACGACGAGUGGACUGGCGACGUCGGACGCCGGCUGGACGGGCAGCGGGGCCCUGCAGGCGACGGGGAUGGGCGACCGACGUGCGGCCCAGGAGGCGACCACCCCGGGCGGCGGCGUGGGCGAGCGCCUGGGCCGCUCGGAUCCGGGCCCCGUGGCGCAGCUGGGCGGGCUCUUCGGGCCCCUGGUCAGGCCCGGCAGCCCCGGCCCGGGCGGUGUGGGCAAUUUGCCGCCCGCGGCGCAGGCCGCGGCCGCCGCUCCUGGGGAGGCCUCCGCCGCCCUGAACGCCUCGCACAGCUCCUCGCGCUCCAGCGGCGGCAGCGUCUUCCUGCAGACGGGCGACUGGGACCUGACCGCCGCGGUCGCCGCACAGGCGCAGGCCGCCGCGCAGGCGCAGGCCGCGGCUGCGGACGCCGCCCUGGCCGCGCAGCGCGCCCAGGUGCUGCAGGAGCAGCACCUGCCGCAGCACCACCUGCAGCUGCAGCAGCAGCUGCCGGGGCACCCGCCGCCGGCCGGCGCCGCCGCGCACGCGACCGUGGAGGCCGGCGCCUGGGUGUUGCCGCUGUCCCCCGUGAAGGCGCCGGCGGCGGCAGCGGCCGCUGCGGCGCCCGUCUCCGUGGGCGGGCCGGCCUACUGGGCGGCGUGCUUACCUGGGCCGGCGGCGACGGCCCCCUGGGCCGCGUCCGCCGCGGGCCACGCGCAGCCGCCCCCCGCCAGCGCGGUGCCGCUGCCAGAGGACGAGGAGUCCGACUCCGAGAGCGAGGGAGCCUCCGGCGCCGACGGCGCCCCGCCGCGCAGGCGGAGGCCGAGCUGCGCGGCGCCGCGGGCGCCGCCGGCGCUGCCGGCCCCCAGCACGCGCCGGGCGCGCCCCGCGGCCGCCGACGCGGCCGACGAGCGCCGGGCGCCCACGCGCCGCGGCGGCCGCCCGCCGAAGAAGGGCGCCGCAGCCUGCGCGGCCGCUGCCGGGGCGCAGCCCUUCGCCGACGCGGUGGCCCUGGGCCUGUGUUCCGGCGGCGGCGCGGCAGCGGCAGCCUCCGCGGCCAUGCCCGCGGCCGCGGUGCCGGCGGGCCCGCGGCCGCCGCAGCAGGACGGGCCUCUCGCGGGCAGCUGGGUGCUGAUCCAGGGCCUCGUCCGCACGCCCGAGUUCAACGGCGAGUGGGGCCUGGUGGAGGCGUACGACGCGGAGCUCGGUCGGUUCCUGGUGCGCGUGCCCCGCGCCGAGGGCGCGCCCGUGCUGGCCAAGCUGCGCCGCGAGAACCUGCGGUGGCGGACGCGGCGCGCGGGUAGCGACAGGAUGGCCUCCGGGCGCAUUUCGGAGGCGGAGCGGCGCUUCCUGCUGGACGGCGCGGACCAGGGCAUCCGCAACGACGGCCGCGGCUGCUUCGACUUCCGCCGCGUCACCUGCGAGGUGGGGCCGGUCCCCGCCGCGACGAACUCCUGCAGGCUCCGGGCGGGCGAGACCGACAUCCUGGCGGCGGACUGGAGCUGA